AUGACCAUGCUUGUUCCUUCUUCCAACGCCACAGCAGUGGAAAGUCAACCACCACCACCUCCUACCACAACGGCGUCAACUGCUAUUCAUACUCCGAGCUUGUUUGCAACAACGGAUGAAAUGCCAUCAGCAGGUCCCCCACCUUCUCGGUCAUUUUCGGUCAUGGCACCGACAGAGUUACAGCGAUCUGUGCAACGACAAUAUGAUACAACGACAACUACGGAAGACUUGCCGUGGUGGCAACAUUACUACCAAAUGUAUCAUUAUCAUCCCCCACAAGGAAGAAAACCUACUCUCUUUGGUCCCUACUUGUUGUUGCACACUUUGGGCGAAGGCGAGUUUGGCAAAGUCAAAUUGGGCAUUCAUAUCGAUUCAAGUCAAGAGGUUGCUAUCAAGCUGAUCAAAAAGGACAAUAUUGAUUCUUCUACAAGGAUGAGCAAAGUUGAACGAGAGAUAUCUGUACUCAGGACGGUUUGCCACCCCUAUAUUGUUAAACUGUAUGACGUGAUCGAAACAGAAAAGUACAUUGGAAUCAUAUUGCAGUGUGCCUCAGGUGGCGAAUUGUUUGAAUACAUCCUUGCGCAUCGAUACCUCAAGGAACGUGAUGCUUGUCGACUUUUUGCUCAGCUGAUAAGUGGCGUUCACUAUAUGCAUCAAAAGCACAUUGUUCACAGAGACCUUAAACUGGAAAACCUAUUGCUUGAUCGUGAUCGCAAUGUGAUUAUUACCGACUUUGGAUUUGCAAACCAAUUUUCAUCAGCCAAAGAUGAUUUGAUGGCAACAUCGUGUGGAUCCCCUUGUUAUGCAGCACCAGAGCUUGUAGUGAGCGAAGGCAUGUAUGUUGGGUCAGCGGUUGACAUUUGGUCAUGUGGUGUAAUCCUCUAUGCCAUGUUGUGUGGGUACCUGCCAUUCGAUGAUGAUCCAGCCAAUCCAGAAGGCGACAAUAUCAAUUUGCUAUACAAGUACAUUCUCAACACACAGCUUGCCUUUCCAGACUAUGUGAGUGAUGGUGCUCGUGAUUUAUUGCAAAAGAUGCUGGUGCCAGAUCCAACAAAGCGAUGUACAAUGCAAACGAUCAUGGAGCAUCCUUGGCUACAGCCCCAUCGUGACCUAUUUAGAAAGACGAUCGAUGUAUUGGAACGAGAAGCAAUGGAAACGGCCGACUUGCCGAUGCCUGUCAAUAAGAAGAGCAAUGGCCAACAAAAACAUCAACAACGCAAUGAUCAACAAAGCACUGCUGAAAAAGAGCACAAUGUGCAACACACGAGACCUUUGAACGACGAUCAUUGCACAACCGACUUGAGCACCCCUGCAGCUAUCUCGGCACCUUCUUCCGACGAUGCCAUAGUGCCUUGCAACCUACCCAUGGAUGUUGAUUCCGAGCACCAAGUGCCCGACAUUUCCGAACCCUCAGCAUCGAAUGAACAACUUGAAUGCAAUGUCAAAGGAACAAUGACAGCUACUUCUGAUCUUGCUGUGCCUGAAAUAUCUUCAAUUGAAUUACCAGCAUCCAUGCAUACAAGCGCUUCUGAAUCGACUACCAUGGCAACCGACAAGCAUCAAAAGGAGGAUCCUAUUGAGGAACAACAACAACAACAGCCCAUUGUUCCCACCACAACCACAACAACAACGACACCAGGAGGUUCCAUUUUACAGGCAAAGUUUUUAUCCAGCAUUCAACGUCAAGGCAACGCACAACAACAACAGCAACAACAACAACCAUUACCAUCAUCCUCGCAUUAUCAUCAUUCAGCUGCAUUGAGUAAAAGUACACCACCACAACAGCCCAUUCCGUUUUCCAUCACAUCAACGAGCACUCGCCAUCGUUCACCUUCCACAGCAUUGCCAUUGCAUCCACCACCACAAAAAUCUCAUUACGAGCCUAGGCGUAAAGCACUUAGCUUGCUUGUCAAUUCCGUGGCAGAUCAUUUACAAGUGCAACCAUCGACUUCGGAUCGUCAUCAUCAUCACCAUCAUCAUCAUCAUGCUGGCAGAAAAGGAAUGGCCUUUUCACGUAAACAAGGCAAUCGUGAACGUGCUCAAAGUGUCUUGAGUCAAGGUCGUUAUAGUGGAUUUCGAGGUGUUGUUGGUAAAGGGUCUGAGAACAGCAACGAUGCAUUGCCUCGCAGUUCCAUGCACGUCAUGCCUUCCGUAUCUGAACGCGCUGGUGUCUUUAAUGACAAGGACAAGCACAAGAGUGCAGGAAAGAAGCUCAUGGAAUGGUUUAAAAAGAAGCCUCUUAGUACCAAGGAUCGAUCCUUCAAUCAUCUUGCCCACGGUGAUUUAUUGACUUCGGAUCGCCCGUUGAGUUCACUCCAUAGUCCCUUGCGAGCGAUGCCACUUGGCAAAUCAUAUGCUGUCGAUUUCAACGAUGCCAAAUUGCGUACGCAUCAUGGUGCUGUGGAUCAAGAAGCACUUACCUCUGGAUCCCCUAUGGAUGUGCUUGUGGAAGUGAAGCAAGUUUUAUUGUCCAUGGGCAUUGAAGUGAAAAAGGAUGGCGAUUACAAGCUCAAAUGUACACGACAACGACGUAAACGACCCAAUUCUAUUACAGCAGCAUCAUCUAAUAAUCCACAUUCCUGUAAUGAAUCAGCCACAUCAUCAUUAUCCAAUGCUCGUUCGGAUAAGAAACGACGUAUGAGUACAAGUGCUCCUUUCCGUAAAUUGCUUAGACGCAAUGGUGGUGAUGAUUCAUCCUCCUCUUCGGUGUUCCAACAAGGCGAGACCGUCUACGGUGACCCGGUUGUCGACCCCGGUGAAGAAGUGCGCUUUAGCGUGGAAUUGUGCAAGAUCAAAAACUUGCCGGGUCUUUACAUUGUUGACAUCCGACGUAUGCGAGGCAAUGUUUGGGCGUACAAGUUUUUGUAUCACACCUUGCUUGACACCCUCAACCUCAGUGGCAAAGGCGGCUAUAUCAAAUCACACAACACCACAAUGAAACAACAACAACCACCACAACAACAAGCUGUUCAUCCUCACCCUCCUCCUCCAGCAGCAUCCUCCAGCACAACUUCUACCUCCACCUCAUCUUCUCAACAUCGUAGUAGUAGUAUCCGAAAUAAUACCAAUCGCAAUAGCUGCUCAAGCAGCGGCGGUAGCAGCAGCAUGCUCGAAGAUGUCAAAGAAGAAGAGUAA